AUGCUCCGGAAUGAAAAGCGUCUGGAUUUCAUCACAGCGCUUGAGGAUAAACUUGUCAAUGGCGUGCAUGGUUUUGAGCCAAUGGAAUCAAUGACAAGCGAUAAGAAGAUUUUACAUGCCGUUACAAAGCAUUCACUUAAUCGCCAUUUGGGCACUUUUACCGAGCCGCUUAAUGAAGAAUCUGACUAUGCCCUUGAUCAGGUUUGGACUGAUAAGCCAGAAUUCCACGAGGUUAUGUUGAAAGACUCCGUCUGGAAGAUGUUUGGACACAUAAUGUCUAGGACAUUUAUCAAUGACAAGGACUUCUAUCGGAAUCCCGAGUGGAUAAAUGCGAGCUCGGAGUACGUCGCAUUGUCAGCCUUGGCGGGAUAUGAACUUCGAGCUUUCCCAAAAUGGGCAAAGCGCUGGGUCGCACCUUUCCUUCCCAAUUGUAGGAAGCUUCAGGCCCUUUUCCAGCAUAUCAAUACCCUCCUGGAGCCUUUGAAGAAAAAGUUAGAUGCACAGUCAUUGGACACCGAUUCCAAAAACCCGCUAAGUUUCUUACAUCAAAAGAUGGAAGGUCGAUCAGAUGAGCUUGCGUCCAUGUUAAUUGCUCUCUGCUUAGUGUCAUAUGACGGAGGCGGCGAACUUUUCACUCAUGUCCUUCACUCGGUUUUUACAAACGAUCAGCUUGUAAAUGAUCUCCGUUCUGAGAUUGUGAACGUGGUUGGGAAUGAGGGCUUCAACAAGAAUACCUUACAAGGUUUAGUGCUCAUGGACAGCGUCCUGAAAGAGACCAUGCGUAUGCAUCCCGAGUCUGUUCUUUUGAUGCAACGAAUCGCCUUGGAGAAGGUCGUCCUACCCGACGGACUCAUUAUUCCGAAAGGAACCCCGCUUAUGGUAUCUGCUUGCCACGUCAUUGAUGGAUCGAUCUGGCCCGAUGGCGAUCAAUUUGAUGGUUACCGGUUUUUCAAUCUGCGCCGAAAGGCAGAUUCUUCUGCAAACCAGGCAGCAUACAACUUUACGUCAACGUCUCCAGACCAUUUCAGUUUUGGCCACGGAUCUCAAGCCUGUCCCGGGAGGUUUUUCGCAUCUUAUAUGCAAAAGAUACUUCUCUGCAAUGUGCUUAUGAAGUAUGACGUUUCGGUCAUUAUUCCUGACGAAGGCGCAUGGUUUCAACGUGGGUACACUCAUGUCGCUCAUCCGGGCCUGAAGGCCCGUGUCAGACGGCGGACGGAGGAGAUCGAACUCUAA